CAACUCUGAGACUCACUCACACACGGAGUGUGCUUGAGCAGAGUAAAUCAUGGCUGCUUUCACACACACACUCGCCUCGCUGCUGCUUCUGUUCACACUAACUUCAGCGCAACUGAGAGGAGAUUACUCAGAGCACUGUGUCCCUAAUGACGCCUUCGGGUCUUACUGUCCCACCACAUGUGGCAUAGAAAAUUAUCUCCACACCUACAAGUCGGGCGUCGUGAAGGACCUGAAUCACAUUGACGAACUUCUGCAGGAGAUUUCCAACCUGACCAGAGGAGCUCAGGAUAAAGUGGUUUAUCUGAAGGACUCACAGACGCAGGCGCAGAAAUCCUCACCAGAUCUGUACAUCCAGAAGUCUUCGAGUAUGCUGGACGACGUGCUGCGGUUUGAGAGGACCAUUCUCUCUCAGGAGGAACAGAUUUUUGAUCUGCAGGCAACGCUGGCAGCCAAUGAGAAGCGUCUGACGGAGCUGAAGCAGUUAUCUUUACAGCUGGAGCAGAAGUGUAAAUUGCCAUGUAAAGACACAGUGACGAUACAGAGCAUCACUGGGAAAGAUUGUCAGGAUAUUGCUAAUAAGGGUGGUAAAGUUAGCGGCCUGUAUUAUGUCCAGCCUGCGAAAGCUCCCAGGUCGUUCCUCGUGUACUGUGAGAUCGACAGCUUGGGCCGAGGCUGGACCGUGCUCCAGAGGAGGCGUGAUGGCAGUGUUAACUUCAACAGAAACUGGAUCCCGUAUAAAGAAGGGUUCGGUUAUCUGUCUCCUGAUGACAGCACAGAGUUCUGGCUAGGAAACGAGAAGAUCCACCUGCUCUCUGUUCAGUCCAGCAUUCCAUACGUGCUCCGGAUAGAGCUGGUGGACUGGGAAGGAGUCAAGAAAUAUGCAGACUAUGCCACGUUUAAAUUGGGUCCUGAGGUGGAUCAGUACCGUCUGACAUACACUUACUAUUUUGGAGGAGAUGCUGGUGAUGCUUUCGAUGGGUUUGCUUUCGGCGAUGAUGUGAGUGAUAAAUCCCACACAUAUCAUAACGGCCUGCAGUUCAGCACACCUGACCGAGAUAACGACCGAUACAGCGGGAACUGCGCUAAGCAGGACGGAUCAGGCUGGUGGAUGAACCAAUGUCAUGCUGCUCAUCUGAACGGAAAAUAUUACAGAGGGGGUAGAUAUUCCCAAAAGGACGUGGGUGAGCACGGGUUUGAUAAUGGCAUUAUCUGGGCCACGUGGCACGAUCGCUGGUAUUCGCUGAAGCAGACCACCAUGAAGAUCAUUCCCAUAAAUAGAAUCCACGCUGGAGGUCAGCUUGGACUGGACAUUGGCAAAGGAGAUCUUCCCAGCCGCUAAAGACCAGCCUUCUGUUCACAAAUACCACAGAUUUAAUUUCACACUGAUUUUGACACAUUUUAUCUUCAUCUCAGCAGAAUACAGUCACGUCAUCACACGUCAUAAAUCAUACUUCAGCAUAUCAGAUAUUUAGCACUUUUCUCACAUCAUCACAUGAAGGAGAUUUUUAAAGAAUGAUAAAAAAAAACUGAGGAACAAGUUCAUAUUAAAAUAGUUUUAUUAUUAUUUUACAGAUGUGUCAUUUGUAAAUGAAAGGAAAGUGAAAUUCUACAGUCUCUGAUCAGGAUGUACACACACACACACACACACACACACACACAGUUAAUCCACAUGGUCGAGUGCAUGAGGGCAGCUAGUUAAACAUUCCCUCAUUCUGUAGACUUUGUGUGUUUGUUCAUUGAUUGGUGUACUUUUUAAUCUGUCCUGAUCUGUCCUUACUCAGAACAUCAGCAGGCGACUUGCUGCUAAAUUCUUUUUAAACAAAGGAUUUUGUGCUAAUUUUUAUUAAUGAAAUAAUAAAUAUGAUUAAUAAAGUAACUUAAAAUGUAUUUUAUUUAUGUAUCACGUUUAAUGGACAUUUUCACAAUUUUAUUCAGGGAUUUAACAUUUCACACCACUCACACUUCCUCAAAGUAUUAUAAACAUAUAAACCUCCAUAAUACACGCCUUUAAAUUAUAAACAACCAGCAGAAAUUAAUGCAUUUAUGAAGAACUGACACAUUAAACAUUAAUCCAAUAAAGAAGUGCCCAUUGUGUGUGUGUGUGUGUGUGUGUGUGUGUGUGUGUGUGUGUGUGUGUGUUGUCUUAUAUGUUUACAACUUAUAACCUUCUGAUUCACACAAUUCAUUAAUGGGACUUCCCUCAGAACAGCAGCUCAAACAGAUGUGGAAUAGACAGCAACAUGUGAAGUACUGAACUUAAAUCUUAAUACAAAAUAUUCAUGAGUAUUACAGAUCCUCGUGAAGAUCAUUUUCUUCUUUAUAAUUCCUUGUAAGUUUCUGAGAUAUUAGAUAUGAUUUAUUAAUAAAAUGUAAACAGUC